UUUCGCAUCUGACAUUGUAGGGAAUUGGUGAUAUUUUCAUUAUGUCGUCCCACAAAACGUUCAGGAUUAAGCGAUUCCUUGCUAAGAAACAGAAACAAAAUAGGCCCAUUCCCCAGUGGAUUCGCAUGAAAACUGGUAAUAAAAUCAGGUAUAAUUCCAAGAGGAGGCACUGGAGGAGGACCAAGCUGGGCUUGUAAUCUUUUUCGCUAGCUACAGAUCUCAACACCACCACCAGAGAUGUUUGCAGCAUCAAUUCAAGUCCUAGACUUGGAGUCGGAUGCUUACUUCUGCUGUGUUUUCUAAGUUGUCCUGCUAUGCAGAGCAAAUAAAUGUGGAAUUAUUGUA